AUGGCUUCAUCAUCAUUCACAUUUGUCAACACGACCGACGGUCCUGCUUUGUCGCACGCGGCAGCAAAGCGGAUGAGGGCCCACGUCACCAAGACGAACUUUGCAAAGCGGCGUCAGCGACUAGGCAAGGCGCCGGCGGCUGCGAAGACGUCGGAUGCUCAUGGUUCAAUGACAAAGCACCAAAAACAACUUCCCGAUAUGCAACGGGCACUUGUAGCAGGACUCCGCAGUGGAUGGAUACCGCCCGUCCCUAAGGCUUGCGAUGAUGACUCCCGAGCUGAAUCUUUGACCAAAUUCUGGUCGUCUCUCUUUCGUCUGAGAGGCCAAGGUUAUCCCGCCAACUCUGUUGAAAAGAAUUGGCAGCGACUCAUCUGUUCUGAGCCCUCUCUUUUGCAAACAACCGUUGCCAUUGAGCUACGACACUUGGCGCCAGAUGAAGAAUGCCAAAAGAUAGCCGAUCAAUGCUGGUCGAGUGCUACCAGCAUCCUCAUUCGGCACAUAUCUUCGGGAACCGUGUAUACAGAUGCCAUUAUCGGGACAGUCGUGACCAUGGCAUUUGGAGAGCGACUCGUUCACAACGAAGAAGCAUGGAAUAUCCACAUGGACGGGCUCACUCAGAUGGUCAACCAUAGAUAUGAACACGGUGAACGACGCCUACCGUCUUGGCUCUACGAUUUGGUAAUUUCAGAUGCGACAAAUGCUGUGCUAGGGUUCCCUCGGUGGUACCACCGAAAUCUCGUCAAGGCGAUCUGUAGAUACGGCUUCCUAGCGAUGUCAGAGAUAGCAAUAGCCUGUGAUGCUCUCGUUGAGGUUCUCAAAUCAAUCGAAGAGGUUCAAAACGCCCCGCCAAGUCAAACGUCUGGACUCAAGGAGGUGGAAAUAAAUAAGCAGGUGCUGGACAUUCUUCUACAGGCCCGAGCUUUGAAAAGCUACGAGGAGCCAUCUAUUCGCAUAACUGCGACGACAAUAGAGCUCAUUCUCUAUCUCUCCUGGCCACAAGAGCCAGCUGUUGAUUGCACUUCUACAGCUGAUGAGAUGCGACAAGCACUGUGUCGCAUGUUCAUUCGGCCCUGCUGCUAUUCAGACCUUACCUCGGGCUACCUCAUGGUUGGUGCCAUAGCAUCAGACGAAGGAUCAGAAACGAAGAAAUGGUUCACUUCGAGACUCAGAGACGCGUUGGUUUCCGUCCAAACAGAUAAUGCACGCAGCCUUCGAGAGGAACUGAAAGGGGAAUUUCUUCACAGAGUUGGGUCAAUGUUAUGCUCAGAGGAAACAUUGAAUGACAUCCUCGUUUGCAGAAUACUAAAUUAG